UCUUACGUCACCGUUAAGACACCGGAAGUGUUGCUGGUUGAAUCUCAGCUGGCCAAAAGGACAAAAGCUGGGAUUGUUCUUCAAUUGUUUGUGCUACUUCCCACUAUGGCGGAGACAGACUUGUACACGAUGUACAAAGGGGUCCCACUGCCCACUCUCAUUCACCCUCCGCACAGUCUGAGGCGCUAUGAGACCUUCACUUUCCGACCAGAUGACAUUCUCAUCGUCACUUACCCCAAGUCCGGUACAACUUGGAUGCAGGAGAUCGUGCCCCUCAUCGUGAGCGGAGGAGAUCCUGCUUCAGUGGAGACCCUCCAUAACUGGGACCGUGUUCCUUGGCUGGAGGAGACUCGUAGUUGCAGUCUCAAUCUUGAUGACAGGCCUUCUCCACGCAUGUUUACCACACAUUUCCACCACAAUAUGAUGCCACCAUCUUUCUUUGAAGUUAGGCCGAAGGUCAUCUAUGUCAUGAGAAACCCCAAAGAUGUCUUUACUUCAACCUUCCAUUAUCAUGGAAUGGCUUCCUUCCUGGUUGACCCUGGGCCACAGAGCGAGUUUCUUCACAAGUUCCUGAAAGGAGAAGUUAUGUUUGGCUCGUGGUUUGAACAUAUUAAGAGCUGGCUGAAUGACAAAGAGCGAAUAUUCUACAUCUCCUAUGAAGAGAUGACAAAGGAUCUGAAGGACUCUGUGGCUAGAAUUGCUCAGUUCUUGGAGAAAUCUCUGGACAAUGACGUGAUCGAGAAGAUUGCAGAACGGUGCAUGUUCGAGAACAUGAAGAAAAACAACAUGUCCAACUACUCUGCAGUUCCCAGGGAAAUCAUGGACCACACAAAGACUGAGUUUCUCAGGAAAGGAAUAGCUGGAGACUGGAAAAACCAACUAACAGCAGCAGAAGCAGAAUACUUUGAUUCUGUUUAUAAAGACAACAUGAAACAUGUUGAUUACAAGUUUGCAUGGGAUUAAAAGCAAGGUACUAUAUUUGUACUAUACAUCAUGUACGUUGCUUCGUUGCUGUAUGAAGUGCUCUUUUUUUAAAUGAAUUUUAUGUUCUUUGUAUCCUUUGUUUCCCUUGUUUUCAUGUGUUUUGACCCUUUUGACUGCAUUGCAACCACAUAAUUUCCCCAUUGUGAGAUCAAUAAUGUAUUAUAUCCUAUCCUAUCCUAUAUCUAUUCACCCAGAACACUCCUGCACCCGAAACGCCUGGGGUGCAUAAAAACUUUUAGGCAAAGAGAUGCAUCAAAAGACACUCAACUCUAUUUUAUUAGUAAAUGACAAUGUCAAAUGAAAAGUAAAUGUAUAUCCACUACUAAA